CGACGACUGACACGAUAUUACUGGUAGAGGACCGUUUUCUGGACUCGCGGGCGUUCAUGUGACUCCGAUGACUUCGGGCGGACGGUAAAAUACACGAAAAUCCGAUCAGAAACGACCGGAAAUCAAAAUCGGACGGACGCCGGACGCGGUACCGACUCGCUCGAGGUCAGAGUGAUUCGCCGGCCGGCACCGUUAUGUUCAACCCGCCCAAACUUCACAACCACGACUGGUUCAUGACCAUGGUAACCACGCUGAUCGAGACGUCCGUGAAUGGCGGCGGUGGCGGCGGCGACCACGGUGACGGCGACCACGGUUGGUCCGGUCUCUACGGCCCGAACGGCACCUUCGACGGGGGCGGCGGCGGCGGUGGCGGCGGCGAUCGAAACGCCGGCGGCCAGUUCAACUUCACAGUGCAGCUGGCGCUGGACGCGAUAUUCAAGAACCAGGUGAACAUGGACAAGGUUCUGGUGCUGUACCUGGAGGUGGCCAUCGUGGUCGCGUACGGCGUGCUGUUCGUCAUCGGGCUUGUGUCCAACGGGCUGGUGUGCUUCGUCGUGUUCCGGCAGUGCGGCAAGAAGAACGUGCCCAGCCAGGGACCCUCGCCCCGCAACCUGUACAUCGUCAAUCUGGCUUUCGCCGACAUCAUCAUGUGCGUGGUGUGCAUGCCGUUCACGCUGUGGGCGCUCAUGUCCCGCCGCUGGACGUGGGGCCUGAUCAUGUGCAAGACGGUUCCGGCCGCCCAGGGCGCCAACAUAACCGUGUCCGCGUGCACCAUAACCGCCAUCGCUCUGGACAGGUACUUCACGAUCGUCCGGAAUCCCCGGGGUUCGGUGUUCAGGUGCAGCGUGGCCAAGACUUUGGUGCUCAUCUGGCUGGUGUCGUUCGCGGCCAUGGUGCCGCUGCUGUUGUACCAGAACGUCGAGGAGGUGCACGUCGGACCGAUCCGGUUGUACGAGGCGUGCGUCGAGAAAUGGCCGUCCCGCGUGGCCCAACAGACCUUCACCGUCGGCCUGGCAGUCGCCCAGUUCGUGUUGCCGUUUACCACCAUAUCGCUAAUCCACUUGAAGAUAUCGUCCUACCUCACGGUGCACCUGAAGCACCCGGCCCUCCCGUCCAAGGAGAUCAGCUGCAGACGAGUGCGACGAGAGCUGAGCCGGAACAAGAGGACAAUGUGGAUACUGUCGUCGAUCGCGGUGGUGUUCGCGCUCAGCUGGCUACCACUGACACUGUUCACGUUGCUCGUCGAGUUCCAGCCGCACCUGAUCGACUCCACAGACGCACUGUACAAGGCGUUCGCGGUCGUCCACAUGAUGGCCAUGUCGACCACUUGCACCAACCCUCUGCUGUACGGUUGGCUCAACACCAACUUCCGGCGGGACAUAUCCGGUAUAUGCCGGCAGAUGUGGUACUGCUGCGGUGACCAGAAACCGCCGCCCAGGCGGAGGCGAUACCCGUCCGUGGCCACCGACUACCGCGGCCCGAACGACCGGCGGUUGGGGCUCGGGUCCGAAGCGGCUGGCGGAUGCGGCGGCGGGGGCGGCGGCGGAGGCUUUGGCGGGGGUGGCGGUAGUCGUCGGCAUCAUAUGCACCACGACCCCGAGACCACUGGCAUGUCGAUGGUGGUCAAGAGCGACCGGCGGUUCAGUACCAGUUACCUGACCACGCUGACCACGGUCACGUCCCGGUCGCAACCGGGUUCCAGCAUGGGCCGCGUCGAGAACGUCUAGAGACAGUAUGAUUAUAAUCAUCGAUGAUUUACUAUACAUAUAUUAAUAGUAUAAUAACGAUAGUGAUGUCGUCUUGCAGUGAACUUCAGCGAGGCGUGCAUAUUAUAUUGUUAUUUGGGGGAAAAAACAUUGGGACGGCAUUAUGAUGUUUUAAUAGCCAUAAUAUUAUUGUGUUGGACUAACAACGACAAACUUAAGCGUUGAUAGCACUGACGGUAACUUGCUGUAAUACUCGUAGCGGUUACUCAAGCAUAAUAAAUGUAUACAUAAAUUUGUCUAAGUGCCGACGAAAUGGUGCUAACAGGUGUUUUAUUUUUCUACUAUUACAAUAAUAAUAAUAUGUAAUUAUUAAUCUUAUAAUUCGUCAGGAAACAAAAAAUAUUGAGUAGAAGCCCAGGCCCACGACAUAUUUUUGUGACUGUGUGCAAAGCCGCAUUUCAGGGCAAACAUUGCAAAUAUUAGGUCGACGCAAAUAUAUUCUAUGUAUAUUAUAUACAGAGUGAUUCACCAAGAAUACUCACCUCUUUUUUACUUAAAUAAUGUAUUUAUUUAAAUUCUGACAUUUUUUUCCAAUACUUAAUUCAUUUUACAUACCGAGGUACAAAAAUACCAUAUUUUAAAAUUCUUAGAUUUUGUAUACUAUUAUUAAACAGUACCCUGUAGCGAUACAAACUUUUGUUAACAAGAACAACGCAUUUUACUGUUAAUUAUUCAAUGGAUGAUUUUUAUUUGCAAAUUUUGAUGUAUCUAAAUUGAAAUUCGAACUACUAGUUUCCAAGUAAUUAAAACUUGUGCACUAAGGAUAAAAAUAUAAGAUAAUAGUUUUAAUGUUAUGAAAAUUGUAGUAAUUAAUACUAAUAAAUAAACGUUUUAUAAUUUGUAAAAAAAUAUCUGAGUAGAUAUAGUAAGUACGACAUUAAAUACAUUAUAUCUAUUUUAUAUUUGUGUAAAACCAUUUUUAAGGACUAUUAUCCCUAGUAUAAACAUUUUAAUAACUCAGAAACUACUAGUACCAAUUUCUAUUUAGAAUUUAGAUGCAUACAAUUUUUCAAAAAAAUUAUCUAUAUACAAUAUUUAUCGUAAAAAAGUGAAAACGAAAAGUUCUCAAAAACAGAAACUUGUAUCGCCAUGGGACACUACUAAUAUGAUCCCCAAAAAUCUAUGCAUUUAAAACUACGGUCUUUAGCUAUACUAAGAAAUGAAGGAUUUGAAUAAAAUAUUCAUUAUUACAGUUAAAAAAGAGUAGGGAACAUGUUUGAUCAAUCAUACUGUAAGAGUACAACCCAAGGGAUACCGCGAGAAUAGACAUUCUCAAAAUUCGACAGUUUAGAAAACUCUUUUGAAGUAAUAGUUUUUUUUUCGCGCUGUCAAGUUAUUGAAUUACUUUAAAAAAUUAUAUUUUACACACUUACUGUAUAUAUUGUAUUAAUCUGUAGUAGUGUAAUUUAUAUUAUGUGUAAAAUAAAAACGACAUACUUUCAAUAACUUUACAUCGUAAAAAUAACACCUUUAAAAUUUAUAUUCUAAAACCAUUUUCCGCUGUUCAAAAAAAGUACUUUUUUUUCGUGAGUUUAUUCAGUAUUCGUCAUGUCUAAAUUAUUAACCAUAUUUAAAUUUAAAUUAAGAAUUCGAAAGGUUUUUUUCAAAAUAAUAUUAUUAUAUCAGUAUCGACAACUAUAUUAUCAUCUGGAGUUGAAGUUCUUUAAAGAUAAUAUUAUGAAGUUCUAGAAAAACAUAACGUAAUAUUAUAUUUCUUGGUACAAAUAGUAAUGAUUUACAACGAAUUUCUAGUAAAACGAAAUUGCUUCAAUUUUUGAUUUAUUUUUUUAGAAGAUAUAAUUUUUUUGACAAAAAUUUAUUGAUUU